UUGUUUAUAAAGUCUUGAUUUAUAAUGAUCUUUUUAAAAUACAAAUUUGCAAAUACAAGUUUGUCAAACAAUUAUUUUAAUAAUUUUACGGUCAUAUGCUAAUUCCGAUUUAAAAAAAAAAAAAAAAACUUAAACAAAAAACAAGAACAAAGUCAUGUCCAAUCUUGCUGCAUCUGUAGUCACUGACUGAAAUAUGCUCUGUUUUCUUAUAGAAAGAUACAACUAGCGUUUUAAGAAUGUUUAUUAUGUAAUGAUACAAACUACAAUAACGAUUGUAGAUAAAAAUAAUGUCGCCAUCAUUUGAUGGAGAACAUGCUGAAUUAUUUUAAAAGAAACCGAACAUUAACCUCACAUGUAUUAUUUAAUUCACAUAUAAAAUGAUAUACAUGCAAUAAAGUCGAAUGUUUAACUAGUAAUAAACUCUCCUGUUUAUUAUCUUCUAUAUUUUCUUACGAAAAAAAUUUAUAUAUGUAAUAUAUUCUCCAAAAUCUUGUCUCAUCGGAUAUUUCAAUUGUAUCCCUUAUCUAAUAUGGAACAAUGUACAAAAAAAUUAAAAUUGGAUAAUGAAACAAGCACACCUCCUUCUACUAUAACAGAAGGGAAAGCAGAAAUUCUGGUAAACAAUACAAAUGUGUUUUACAACCCUGUUCAAGAAUUUAACAGAGAUCUUAGUGUGCUGGCAUUAAUGACAUAUGUAAAAGACAAAACUGAGCAAGUACUAGAAACAAAUGAAGACAAACUGACUGGAAUCACUUUAUUGGAAGCCUUAUCUGCUACUGGUUUACGUAGUAUUCGCUAUGCUAAAGAAGUAGAGGGUAUAAAGCAAAUUGUAGCUAAUGAUAUAUCUGCGAAAGCAGUAGAAAGUUUAAAGAAAAAUAUAGAACACAAUAAAGUUGAGCAUAUUAUAAAACCAAAUCAGGAAGAUGCAACAUUAUUAAUGUAUCAAUGCAGAAGGAACCGUUUUGAUGUAAUAGACUUGGAUCCGUAUGGUUGUCCUACACCCUUCUUGGAUGGAGCAGUUCAAUGUGUAUCAGAUGGAGGACUACUUAUGGUUACAGCUACAGAUAUGGCUGUAUUGGCUGGGAAUGUUCCUGAAACUUGUUAUCUUAAAUACGGAGCUAUCUCAUUGAAAUCUAAAGCUUGCCAUGAAAUGGCACUGAGAAUCUUGUUACAAAAUAUCGCUGCACAUGCUGGUCGUUACGGAAGAUACAUCAUACCGCUACUCUCUAUAAGCGCUGAUUUCUAUAUAAGAGUAUUUGUGAAGAUAUGUUCCAGUCAAAUUAAAUGUAAAGAGAAUGCUACUAAAAUAGGAAGGGUAUAUCAAUGCACGGGUUGCGAGAGCAUCAAUACUCAACCAUUAUGCUACAAACAGCUUACCGGAGGGUAUAAAUUAUUAGCGUCACCUGGAACGGAUAAAUUCUGUUCAAUCUGCCAUCGCAAGCAGCAAGAAGGAGGACCUAUGUGGUUAGGGCCCUUGCAUGACCAACAAUUUGUCUCUACACUUUUAUGUAACUUAGAUGAUGUGGAGUUAAAAACAUCAAAAAGAAUUCACGGAAUCUUGAACGUCGUUCGUGAAGAGUUGGAUGUUCCAUUGUAUUACACUAUCGAUCGUUUAAUGUCAAUAAUCAAAUGUAUUACACCACCAAUGUUAGUAUUUAGAUCUGCAUUGUUGAAUGCAGGUUUUAAUGUAUCAUACUCACAUGCGUGUAAGACAUCUAUAAAAACAGAUGCACCGAAUUCUGUUAUAUGGGAUAUUGUACGUGCAUGGGAGAAACGGAAUCCUGUCACCCCAAAUAGAUUGCCAGAUAAUAGUCCUGGAAAAUGGAUAUUAGAGAAACCAAUAGAUACAGAUGUUUCAUUUGAAUAUCAUCCUCUAGCCAAUCCAGUUUCCAGACAAAAUAAGUUGACUCGUUUUCAGCAAAAUCCUAUCGUUAAUUGGGGACCUGGUACACGCGCAAAGACAAGAAUUAAUCUAGUAAGUGAAACUGAGACUUCGAAAAAGAUAAAAAAUCAAAAUAAGAAUUCUAAGAAAGAAAAAGCUCAAAUAACGGAGAACAGCGAAGACGAGAAACCUGUAUAAAAUAAUCUAUUGGUAUUUGUAUGGCUAACAUAAGUUUUUAUAGAAAAUACAAAUAUUGAUACAUUA